GAGAUUCUUAGCGCCUUUGGAGCGCCAUGGGCUGCGGGGCGUCCUCAGAACCUCCGCGCACAGUUCCUGUGACACCGGCUCCGGUUCCAGCUCCAAAAGUUGAAAAAAAAGAAGAAGAAGCCAAUGUUCCCGUGGAUGGAUAUACAGAGAAGUGGCCGGACCUUUGUGACCCCGACAAGGAGUUCAACCUCUUGGACUACGUGUUCUGCUUGCCAGAGAAGACCGGAUGCAUUGGCACGAUGCUGAUGGAGCCAGAGAAGAAAUGGUUGACGCAAGAGGACAUUCGCACUUGGAAGUACGUAAUCAAGAAAGAUUGGAAGGAGUCGAAGACUGUCUUCAUGACGGCGCCUAGACAAGGAGCUCGGGAUCAGAAGUGCACGUUCAACCCAGUGACUCGGAACGGGAAGCUGGCGUGGACCUCCAAUCGCUUCUUUUCCGACUUCUCCAUCACUGAAGAAGGUAUGGAAUUCCGGAACCGCAAGGAACCGGAGAGGGCCCUGCUGGUCCAUCGCAGCCUGGACCUGGACGGAAACGUCUUUUGGAAGUCCGAUGGCCACCUGGUGGACAACCUGCAUGAAAUGCUCUUCUCCGUUGCUCAGUGGUCUGCAGAGGAGCAGACCCUGGAAAUCGAUGGGAAGGAAGUGGCCAAGGUGACUUCCGAGGAGUACGUGUGUCCAGACUUCUUCCUUGCCUGCUACUUUGUUGUUCGCGGGGAGCCAGAGAUGUGUGACUAUGUCUUGACGAGUGCCAAAGCACAAAAGGAGCGAGAUGCCCUGAACAAACGGGCGAUGGAGGCGAUUGAGCAAAAAGGAGGGCGAGACUACUUCAAAGAGCUUCGGGAACAGAAGGCCAAAGAGGAGGAGCGUGAGAAAGAGAAGAGAGAAGCUGCAGCAGCGCGGAAGGCUGCCGCGCCGAGCGGUGGGCACAGUUCGGGCGGCCCUCCGCCGGCCGCAAAGUGGUGGGUUUGUCAGAAGUGUGGAUGGAAGUUCGCCAUCAAACCCUUCCAGGGCAAGUGCACUGUUUCUCGAGGUACAGCUUGUGGUGGCGUCUGUGUGCAGAAGUAGCAUCAAGGGCUCAAGGGGGAUGGUGUGACCAUGGAUGGAGUUUGACCAUUCACUGAGAAACACGUUUUGGACGGGACACGUUUUGAACGGGAUAGCAACAUGGCUGAGCCAGAUCUCAUCCCGUACUACAUAUAGGUCGCUACAUUCUGUAUGCUUCCUAACGAGAAGUGCUCGACAAGUGCUUGUUGCCUCACACUGCACAACGGUUGAGCCGUUGGAGUCAACAGCACUGGCAUUAGCAUGAUUUGUGCCAAACCUAUGCGAUGCAUGUGACAAUCUCCAAACUCUUACGACGGAGUGUGGAAGGCAGUUUCACAAUUCCUUGCCGACACUUUCAAAUUUUGAAAAUAUUGAACUCCACGAACUCCAUGCGAAACUCCAUGAGGGAAAA